GUUGGGGCUGGAAGCAGCAAGACCUAUACCCUCAGCAGCAACUGGCAGGGACGUCUCUGGGGCCGCAAGGACUGUUUCGAGAACUGCCCCAUGGCAGGUGCCGCCAGCCCAGCUUCCUUGGCCGAGUUCAACUUCAAGGCUCAUGCGGGAAUGGACUUUUAUGAUGUCUCGUUUGUCGACGGCUUCAACCUUCCCAUGUCCAUCAGCCCAAUCAACGGCAACAAGCAGCAGAGCGGUGACACGGCCUACUCUUGCGGGUCCCCCUUGUGUUCCGCAGUUCCUUCGUGCCCCAGCGAUCUCCAGGUCAUCGAAGACGGCGAGGUAGUCGGCUGCCAGAGUGCUUGCUCCAAGUACGGUACUGAUGAGUACUGCUGCGCCGGUGCAUUCAACACCCCCCAGACCUGCAGCACCAACAUCUACUCCAAAGCUGUCAAGGAAACAUGUCCUCAGGUCUACAGCUUUGCUUACGAUGACAACACCAGUACCUAUGUCUGCCAAGCCUCUGGAUACACCAUCACUUUCUGC